GGGAGUAAAGAACAAGAACUAGAGACAAAGACAGGGACAGAAGACGAGUGUCCCAGAGACAGAAUGAAAUUCAGAUUGUGUGUGCAGAGAGCCAAGGGGGGCUGUGGGGCGAAAACUACUCGAAGCAGAGGCAUUGAAAGAGCCAAUAAAGCAAGUAGCAUGUACUUGACAAGAACCCAAAGGGGUAGAGAGAGAGGGAAAGAAGCAGCUGUUGGAGGAGGAGAGUGAGACAAAGAAGGAGCAGGGGGCUGUCCUUAGUUGCUCUUCACUGUGAGGAGUAGAUGUGGGAGGAGGCAGAGGGAGAGAGGAGAAAGAAGAGACCAAGAAAGAGAAAGAGCAAAGAGGGAGUAGGCAGUAUGUUUGGUGUGUAAUAGGAAAAACAUUCUUUUAAAAAGUGUGUGUGUGUGUGUGUGUGUGUUUUUUGCACAGCCUCCUUUUCUCUCCUCUGCAAAAUUCGGGGCUGAGGGACCAUGCAGAAGCAGCAGCAGCAGGGGUGGACUCUUCUCCCCUGGCUCCACGCUCUCCUGUUGGGGGUGAUGGGGCUCCUGGUGAGUGGCUCGGAGUUCCAGCAUCACCGUUACGAGGACAUGGUGCGAGCCCUAUUUGCAGUGCAGAGCGAGUGUCCCUACAUCACGCGCAUUUACAGCAUCGGGCGCAGCGUGGAGGGACGCCACCUCUAUGUGCUGGAGUUCAGUGAUAACCCAGGCAUCCACGAGGCAUGUGAGUAACACCUGAAUUAAAGUUUGACAGUUCAGUAUAGAUGGAUAUGUUGGGUUGAGGUGAAAAGGCAUUCGUUGGCAGACUACAAGAUUUGAACUCAGAGCUGGCCAACACAGAGUAGAACUUUUAUUAGACAAACUUUAAUCUAGUUAAUGUGUUUAUAUGCUGCCAGAGUACGCAAAAAAACUAUGUAAUUACACUUAAUGGAUCUCUUUCACUUUAUUAAUGUAGAAAGUGUUUUUUCCUGCCCUCUUCAACAGUCAAAUGAAUCAUUACUGGAUUUGAAUCUUUGUCUUGAUUUUAAAAGGUGCUGUUUCUGCUCUAUGCAUCACUCACCCCAUGCAGUGGUGUCAUGUUUUAAAAAUAACAAUCCAGAAAAAGCCAGGCUUGGCAAUGAUAAUCUCAGUUGCUCAUUAAAAAGUGCCCUUCCAGUUUUUAAGUCUCCAUGAGCUCAAACCUCCUCACAGGAGCUUUAAAAUUAAGUAUGGGUUUAACAUGCACAGGUUGUGUCACUGUUGGCCCAUUUGUUUUGCACUUUUUCGCUGCAGGAAUUGAGAGCAUAGCUGGCAGGAGACUCAACAGUCUGUGGGGGCUCUGCUUUUUUCCCACAGGAGAUGAAACACAAGCUUUCCAUGUAGCCCUCAGAAGCUGAAUUACUGUGUGGCUUUAUAGUGAAAGGGGAAAAGAGGAGCUGUCCCAAACUGGCUUUUUUGAUAAACAUUAGGAAUGGCAAUCUGUGGAAACCCAAAGUGAAACCAAAACUUGAAAAAAACUUAACAUCUGUGAUUGAUUUCUCAUUUUUUUGCUUUCUCUAACCCCUGAAAACAUGUGGGGUGCUAUUCAAAGCUGAGCAGAUGACACAGAAGUUCACUUUAAGUCAACAUGACAUAAACCUUGAACUCGCUCAUGCAAAAGCUUUGCUUGUUUUCCCUCCUUCUACAAACCACCGAAAUCUGGCUUCCAGGUGUUUGCUUUGCAUAUCAGUCACAAAUUAAAAACCUCAACCUUGUCACAGUGUUUGCAUUGAAAACAGGCCAAAAGGUCAGAUUUGUUUUUGAAGGGUUUUCCGCUCUUUCAUUUUACGUGGCAGCUCCUUGGAAAGAAAAGGAUUGACAAAUGCAGGGAAUGCUUCUUUUUUUUUUUUUUUUUUAGGCUGGGGCUGAGCUUGCAUUUUUAUCUGCAUUUGCACACGUAGGGGCUUCCUUCAGGAGAAUAGAAGGAUGUGCGCUUGUUCUGUUGCAUGAUGACCAAGAGUGAAAAACAGGAACUGUGCACUUUACGGAGGGGAGUGACCUCAGGUCUCGUCUAGGGCAACCUUCAUGCACCCUUUAGGAAGUUCAUGCCAUUCACAUGCUGCUGAGUUUGUGUAUGUGUUCGUGUUUUCAAAGCUGCGAGCCAGAGCCAACACUGUUUUGUGAACCUGAGGCCAGUUGGCUCCUGCUUAAAGAAAAGGAGGUGAAUUGUAGCACCCAAGCUGCCAUUUGGGUUCCUGAAGCAAUUAGUGAAGGGUGUUCAUAAAUUUAAGAGUAUCUUCUCACCCCCGCAUACCAAAACUCCUGCAAGAUACCCUCAGCUCUACAAAUGAACGGCAGAAGAGCAGAGAAAUACCAAUAUACAGCAUUUUACGCCACACUAUAAGUUAAUAACUAUCCAGAAGGUACAAUGUUUAGCAGUAGCUCUGUCAGCAGCAGUGUUUAGAGGUCCUGGUUAUAUCAACACUCAGACAGUGUUUAAUGAAAGGACCCCUGGGAGGAGAGAACCUUAUCCAGAGAGAAGGAGCCUGUUUGGAUAGGUGGCUCACCCAAUCAGUGACAGACAGUCAUAGGAAUGCAAGAUGACCUUAUCCAAAUAAUUCAAUCAGAUGUAAUCAGACUCGUUCCCCAGAGUUCAACCUUGACACAGCCUUGAGCUUCCUUAUCAUGAAUUUCUGUAAAAAUAAGAACAUUAUGAACGCUUAUUGUUUUGUAAAGGCAGAGUGUUUAGAAAUGAGAGUAUUUAGCAAUAUCUAGUGGUGAAAUUCUGGACUGAAACAGCUUCCUGCUCACGCCUCCCAUCAGUGAGUCAGCGGUGGGUGAGGACAGGAUGCUGCUGUCAUUUCUCAUUUUUCAUGUUAGUAGUAUUAAACAUCUCUAUAAAUAUAAGUUACUUUUGCACACAACAACCACUCUCUUCUAUAUUGUCUGCCUAUUUUGUGUGGCUGCUCUACUAAAACAUAUUUGUUACUAGUUUGUCUGUUCGGUGCUACUGUAGAAACACGGUGCUGCAAGAUGGUGGCCUUUAGUGAAGGGGACCCGCUUCUAUGCAGAGAUAAAAGGAUCAGUCUAAGUUACCAAAAGCAAAAAGUUUUUUUUAUUUUAAAUUUUAAAUUUUGGUGAUUUUACACUCAUUCAAACCGAAUAACAAUUAUUUCAUUCAGUUUUUUUUUUACCAAGUCUGUUCUGCUUGUUUCUACACACUGCACCCAAAAAAAACUAGGAAGAACUAUGAAGGAAAAGCAAAAAAAGCAACCUAUUCUUACCUGACUUGAUGAAGCCAGACAUCUUGUUUUUUCUCUCUUUUUUAAAACGAAAAAAAAAAAAGGUUUCAAAGACUCAGAACUUCAUGGAUCAUGUUUUUUGGUCCAGGCUAUGGAGGCCAUCAAGUUUCUUGUGCAGCUACAAAUUUGAACAUAUAUUUCAACUACCUAAAACGUGUUACUCACAUUUGUACGUUGCUUUCCGCCUCACCAGCUCUGUAGUGAUUAGUUUGAAGAGACAAUGCAUUUUAGAGCAUGUAGGUAUGACUGUUGGGCCCCGCCAAACCAGAAAUGGGCAUCAAUAUGCACAAAUGUGCAUAGUAUGAUCUCAAGACACACUCCAUGGCCACAGCAUGAGAGGAAUGAGAGUAUGCGGUUUAGGACACAGCCACAGCCUUGCUCGGUCUGUCAUGGCCGGCAGCAUUUGGCAAGCUCGAGCAAAUGUUAGCAGUGUACAUCAAAUUCAGAUGAAAGUGUGUUGUUAAAAUGGUUAAAAACAAAGCUUUCUAUGACUGCCAUUGCAAAUGCUAUUAGGUUUUUGUAGCCUGAGGGUGGUAGCUGGAUAUUACAGCCACAUUAGCAUAACAAACCCAAGCUGCACACUUGUGGUUUGAGUCACAUAGUGGGUUUUGUUGGAACACCAUUGGUUUUGAUUUGUUUAAAUUGUUUCUGUCAGUAUCCAGACUCAAGAAUAAUGGAGGGAAAAUGUCUGUUAUUGUUCUGUAGAUGUCCUUUAUACUGUUGGCUGGAGGUUACACAGUUUCUCGUAGGGAUAUUAUUCAGUCUAAUAAAUACAAUCAGUUAAACAGAAGAAAUACAACUUACCCAAAGUGUACUGCAUUUUGUGUCACCAAAGUGUAGUAAUAUCUGUGUAUGUAUGUGUGCGUGCUCAGGCACCUAGCAGCUCACUUUGACCUUUUGACCCUCAUACCCCCCUUCACCUAUUCACUUAUUCCCCAGUGGAGCCAGAGUUCAAGUAUGUGGGGAACAUGCACGGCAACGAGGUGCUGGGUCGCGAGCUGCUCAUUAAGUUCUCCCAGUUCAUGUGCGAGGAAUACAGGGCCGGAAACCACCGGAUAAUGAGGCUGAUCCAUGACACCCGCAUCCACAUCCUGCCCUCCAUGAACCCUGAUGGUUACGAGGUGGCUGCCAGACAGGUAAUGUUCACCCUGACAAUACAUAUGAACUGCAGGCUCUCAGGUGCCAAAGACAAAUCAGGGAUAUGCCCUAUGUAUUUAUUUUCUGUUGCAACCAUCUGCCAUUUUGGCAGCAAUAAGCUCUCUGCCUUUUUUAUGCUUGCAGGAAGAAAUGUUAGAAAUGUAAGGACCCCUUAGGAGAAGGACAAAUACCAAUGGGUUAAAUCUCUGCACAAACAUCUGACUCCUCUUGUAAAAAUGUAUAUAUGUGUACAUAUUCAUUUACCAGCAGCCCAAAAUUAACCGUUUCAUUCCUAUAAUAUAUAUCUUUUACUGUUUGCUAUGUCUGUAAUAAUCCCAUCAAUCAACUUACCACAGGAGCCCUUAGUUUUUACCUGGAGGAAAUUAUAUGGACCCUGAAACAACAGACACACAUGCAAUAGCCUUUAAAAACAAACACAUGCACACAAUCUUUUCCAGGCUAAUUAUAUAUCCUCAGGAGGCCAGUUGCACAUGCUGGUGCCCCUCUUUGUAACUCAGACAACUUGAGCAUAAAGCACUGUAAUUUUUUCCAUCAACAGAUGUUGGGAUGUAGCAAAGGUGACUCGAUAUCCCAGUAUGAUAUAGAGUCCUAACUUGCACAGUUGGGAUUCUGGGAUUGGAUUCAGUUUAGGACUUUUGCUUAAUUCUUUUAUUAAUAGAGUGCAAAUUUCUACCAAAAUGAGAAUGCCAAAAAAGACAAGACUGCAGCCAUGCAAGCAGCUUUGUGAGUGAGCUCCUUGCUAAAAGUGAAAAGAGUAGACAUUAUCACAGUGACAAUCUUAAGAAGUUGAUUUUCAGCUGGGUUAAUGUUUACUUUGACUGUUUAAGAAGUAGACACAGCCUCUGUGUCUGAAAAUAAAGCUAGCCCAUAAAUACCUGUAAGUGACAGGUGCCUACCAUGGCUCAUCUUGCUUGUCAGAAUAUGAGCUCUGUCCCAAUUCAGGGUAGGAUCCUUUGAAAAACUGAGCCCUUGUAGCCUGUGUACACGAAAACUGAAUGUUAAUUUAAUUGUGUGUUACAAAACUGCUAGAGAAUUUACCAUCUUGUUUUAAUUGGUGUGCAAAAAUUCACAAGAUAUGCUGGGCCACAAAGGAUGCAAAUGCCAGCCACAUUAGAAGAGGCCUAUGACAUUGGACAGCCUUUGACAAUCUGCUGUGAUACCAUUGUGCCAAAUUUAUGGCAUCAGCUGGAGAAACACAAAAAUAAGUUCUCCAGUGCUGCUUCAAUCAUAUCGCAAAGCCUAGGUUGCAAAAUUAGCUAUUGAGUGAUGAUUCAAUCCCUUUGUUUGGAGAAUCCCACAUUAGCUGCUGUUUAUGUGUUGAGAUUUUGUCUGUGUGUCUACAGGGUCCAGAGUUCAACGGCUACCUGGUGGGUCGAGGAAACGCCAGAGAGAUUGAUCUGAACAGGAACUUUCCAGACUUGAACGCCCUCAUGUACUACUAUGAGAAGACCAAUGGACGAAAUCACCACCUGCCGCUGCCUGACAACUGGGAGCAACAGGUCAGUGGUGCUGGAAAUAACACACAGGACACACACAGCGACACUUAUCUGUGUGUAUGAGCUUAUUCAUGUAUGUGCAUGUGUGGCUGAGAGGGGCUGAGGGUGGGAGGAGGAUGGCGCAUCAAUCCCCUACAUUUCUCAUGCUUGUGUGAGUGUAUUUAAUGUUUAUAUAUGAAGUCAAAUAAUGAGAACUGUUACAUAGCUGAGUUACUUGACCUAGACUUUGUUGACAUGGAGAUUGCUGUAGUGGAUCAGAUUCCACAGCAAGUUAAGCUUUUACCAAAUGAAAAGAAACUGCCCUUAAAAAUAAAACAAUCAGUAGACCAACAUGUUGGCUCUGUGGGUAGUCUGAUCUAUGUUGCGUACAUGUGUGUGCGCCUAUACUGUCUGACCUUGCUGUACUGGUGUGUUUGCUUGUCUUGCAGUAAAAACCAGUACCCCCUCAUAUAAACUUUGGGUGCUUUGGGUCAGAGAGGGGCUACUGUUCUUUGUCUUUGUACAAGGGAGUGAGAAAGCAGCCCUACCAGUUCCAGGUUUGCGCUCGGGGGCGGAACAAAAGUAUUACUGAAAAUGAUAAUUUUUUAACAAAGAGUUUGAACAUACUAUACUAUAGACUUAAAGUGUCAGCCCGACAUCUCUGUCUUUUGUCACUGCCAUGAGAAUCUGAACUUACCUCCCAUACAGUCUCAGAAUGUGGAUGAUACUUGCUAGCUUCAUAAUAGCCCUUUACGUCACUCGAAAUAGCACCACAUAACUUCCAUGUGUUCAAUUUCCAGUCUGUUUAGUGAAAUUCCAACAGUACUGGAUAAAGUAUUUUUAUCCUUUGUUGAAAAAAAGUGAUCCAUUUCAAGUUAUAUGGGGCUUUACUUUUUCAUUGUCAAACAGAAUGUAAAGGCUUUAAUUUAAAAAUGUGACUUAAAGCUCCUCUGAGGAACUUUUUGUUUGCGUCAAUUUUGGUGCCCCCUGUGGACAAAACACUUCUUGCUUGCCUUGGCAUUUACAUAUUUCACUUGUACCUUCUGACAAAAAGUCUUAUCCUCCUGACUUUUGACAGUCAAAUGUAUCUUAAUGUAAAAACAGACUGUCUCUUCAGUUUCUUGACUGACACCUACCUCCUGCAACUCUGAGGCACCUACCUCCUCUACUGGUGCGAGGAGGUAAGUGCCUCACAGUUGCAGGCAUGGAAAAUCACAAUUGAAAAAACAUCAAUCUUGUUGCUGAUGAUCUUAUAUGCUUGUAUAUGUCCUAAAAAGGCAUCAGUAUGAAUUUUGGUGUAUUUCAUUAACACCAAAAUCUGUUCCUCGAGAGAGUAUGUUGUAGAAACCGUAACAUGUUUCCAUCUGAAAUGUAGUAAGGUUUAAAAGUACAACUAGUGAAAUGGAAACAGUAAAAAUAGUGUAUAGUGAACAAAUGCUUAUGCAAAUUAGAAACCUAGCAAGCAGGGCUCUACUUGUCUCUAAUCUGUGGGAACUGUCUUUAAUUCUCCAAACCAGCUAAUGUUUUUGCAACAGUGUUUGCUAAACUGCAGUGCUAAUGGAAAGAAACAUUUUUCCACAAUGUCAACAGGUAGAGGUGAAAUGUAAUAGUCUACUUUGUAUAUAGUGUAUUGCUUUAAAAUAACAUGUAUGAUCAAGAAGACCCCGAUGUUGCUUUUGCUGUUGAGAAUCGAUUACUGUUGUAAAGGGGGUUUGACCAGUCAGAAUGGCGUAUUCAACACAGCCAAGUAAUAGCUGUUCUUGAAUCUAUCUGGUUACAUAAAUAAACAUACUCCACAACUCUACUUUAAUAACAAAGUACUUUCUUAAGUAAUCAGUCCUUAUUACAGCCAGAAGUAGUAUACUUCAAAAUAAAAGCAUAGUUUGACCAUGCAGGGAAAUCGUGGUCUGGGGCACCAUAGCUGCUAGAGCUGGCAGUUCUUCAAGUUCUUCAAGGGUCAAUUAUGUCCUUUGAAUCAAAGUGAACUGGUUUAAGCAGCUUGGCAAGGUAUAAGACACUAAAGCGAAUCAAUAACAGAAUUAAUUGUUUCAUAUUUAUAUAGUUUGGCAAGCAAGGUUCAACCAUUGAGUUUUAUAUCUUUGUUCCUAUUGUGCUGAGAAACUUAAACACUGGUCCUUCCUGUCACUGGCUAGCUGUCUACCCACAUGACUGCCUCCUGAAAGGCAAAAACAAAAGGGUAACUGUGCCACUGUUAUGGAUACUUCUCUCAUGCUGCUCAGGAUAACAUUUUCAUAGGCUACAUACUGCAACACAUUUGCAAACUAGGCUUCUUUUUAAUUUCCCAGCCGAUGACGCUUUAUGCAGAGAAAGGAGUGUAUUUCUUUUCAUAGCAAGUUUGAUAUUCUUCCAAGUAAAUUCAGACAGAGAAAGCAAAGUCUUCCAGUGCAGAUAUAAUUUUGAUGGAUUAUUCCUCUCAGGAAUCAGUUUUUCCAAACUUUCCACCUCCCACAGACCAACAACAGGGUCCAUUACAGGCCCUGCAUACAGUAUUUCCACAGACCCCAGAGAGCACCAUGGACUGCUGACAUUUAUUUGGCCUCCCACAGACUUAAAUCGUAUCAUAAAUUGUUUGUCAGUGAUCCAGAAAUAAGAUGUCAUGGCUCUCUCUGUUAUCUGAGUUUUGUAACACAGAGGUAUCACUAUCCAUAAAUAUAUAUAUGUGUGUGUGUGUGUGUGUGUGUGUGUGUGUGUGUGUGUGUGUGUGUGUGUGUGUGUGUGAGCUAGUGAGUGUGUGUUGAAUGUAACCCUAAACCAUAGUACCAGCACUGACUUCAAAGUGUGUAUAAAGAUAGCCAGACAAUAAACACCUGUCAGCUCUCACAACAAAAGUCUAUCUUCUUGGUUACCGAAUGCUGCAUUCAAGGCCAGUAGUAAAUGAUCGUCCUAGAUUAUCCUCCAGCCAGGCCAGACUGUGUUAACUGUCCUACAUACCUCAUUCAAGGAGAAGUACUACUCUUAGUCUCCACGCAGGAUUAAUAGUUUAGAACAUGGGGAAUAGUUAGUGCUGACAGAGGCAAUAAAAAUCAGACUAAAGUGGAAUUUAAAGAUUUAAGAUUAACAAAGUAUGACAAAGAACGUGCCAAAUAGUUUGACCUAGAAGACACAGAUCCAGAUCAGAAAGAAAGUGGGGAACGAUGAGUAGUGUCUGUCUUAAAUGAGAUUAACUGAAGUGUUGAAUGACAAUGUUUUCUAAACACUGAGCCAAGGGGAAAAAAGGGCAUGAAAGUUUGCAUUAAAACAGCAGAAACAAGGAUUCGUCCUGAUAACUGGCCAAGUAGAGAAGCAAAGGGGUUCUGGGUGAAAGGAAAACCAGAUGUGGCAAGUCUUCUGAUGGUGUUUGGGGAAUGUCUGGGAUGAAGGGAAGGUUAUGUACUAAAAUACCAGUAACCAGACAAUACACAGUACAUCUGACAGGAACUAUGACUGCACUGUAGAAACAUAUAAGCACCAGAAUGAAUAUAUGGACCAAAGGGAACAUAUUUAACUGAACCUACAGUAGUAUCAUGAAUACUUUAAAUACUGUAGUAGGUCUCUGCAAGUAUAUAUGUCUGUACCUCUGAUAUCAGCCCCACCCCCACACACAAAAAAAGUUUUGAGGACUCAAGCUUUUCUUAAAGGUUUCUCAUGUUGUCAAUGUUUGAGUUAAAGAAACAUGUAUUUUUACAUAUUGAAAUGUGAACUACAUUGUAGAGCUGUUACAUUGACUGCCCUCUACAGGUUGAACCAGAGACUUUGGCAGUCAUCAAAUGGAUGCAAAACUACAACUUCAUCCUGUCAGCCAACCUUCAUGGGGGAGCUGUCGUGGCCAACUACCCCUUCGACAAAUCGAGAGACCCCCGAAUUCGAGGGAGGACCACAUACGCCGCAACUCCAGAUGACAAGAUCUUCAGAAAAGUGUGCCUCAGUUAAAAGAUAUUUUCACAUACCACACACGGUUCUCAUCACUUUCUGCCAUGUCAUGUGUAUAUAUAUAUAUGCUAAAAUAUAAAGAUGAUUGAAUACAUGUUUGUUUGACAGCUGGCAAGGACAUAUUCAUACGCUCACAGCUGGAUGCACAAGGGUUGGAACUGUGGCGACUUCUUUGAUGAGGGUAUAACCAACGGAGCCAGCUGGUACUCUCUGUCCAAAGGUACGCUAAUGCUCCACUUCUCACUCCUGUUUGGUAAAUUAUUAAAUGUUUGUUGUUACCAAGAAAUAGUGGCAGAUGAUAGUUUAGCUCAUUUCCGCCUGUUAGUUCAAAAUGUUUCCUUCUGUUUAAGCCUUUGUGAUCAAGAAGUCUUUGACUGCUCCCAAGUAAUCAAACAUUGCUCAGAAAAUUGAAUACUCCUACCAUCCCUAUAAAUCACAUAUUAAAAGUGGGGUUCUCUUUUACAUGCAGAGAUCCACUGUCUUCAGCACUUCAAAGCCUCCUGCAUGAAUGUCAUGCCGGGAGUAGCUGGUGAGGCUCUGAUUCCCAGAGUGGUCAUGAACUCUCUGAUUCCUCAUGCUGUACCUCCUCUUGACUUUGACCUGUUCGCCUGCUUUGGCGCACACCAACAGCUGCACUCCAAAUGACCUCUCAAAUUAGGGGCAUGAGUCGGUGAAUGUCCUCAACUGCCUUGAGGACAAUUCAAAGACUGUUACCGAAGUGGGUUGUGUGGUUUGAAGAACAGGUGGUCUGCAUACAGAGCGUAGACUGUAUCAUAACUGGAUGGAGUGUCGUUGAUGUCAGCCAUUACUUUGGUUAAGCAGAGUUUUGACAGAUUUGACAGCUUGCAGACCAAAAGAGGCUUAUUUCAAGACUUUCUGUUGUAAUUUUCACAAUAAGUAGUACCUGACAGGGUUUAUUGGAAAACAUUUAACAUUUAUGCAGAGGACAGAAUCAGAAAAGAGAUAAUUUAUCCUCUUGUCUAUUUGAGAAGACGCAAGCAACAGAACAAAGCAGAGUUCCCUUCUAAGUGUUGUAGGGAGCUGUUGAUUUUGGGUUUCCCCCUCCAAAACAAUACUUCACCAGAAAACAACCAUCUUUGCUAAUUGUGCUUACUUUAAUUUAGCCAUGACCAGGUGAGUUUAAGUGAAAUAUGACCCAAACCCAGUGCUAUUAAAAUAUUUGCUCUAAAACCACACCUAAUAAUGAAUAAUAUACUACAGCAGUUAACUGAAUGGAUUUUACGUUUUUGGGUUUAUUAGUCUGCCAUGAAAUGACAAAGACAGAAUCUGUUACUAGGGUGUGGGUGAUUAAUACUAUUUACUGGCAUUGGCCUUCAACCAUUACAGUUAUAUAAAGCUUAGGCACCGUCAAGUUGCUUUCCCCGCUAUGCCUCAUUCAUGAGAAACAAGCUGUGUUUUGAUAUUGGAUGAAUUCUUUGCUGUAAUGUUUUAACUUCGGCUGCCUUGAAGCUGCAGUACACCAAGUUCUUGCAAACAGUCUGGGCAUGUUUUCAGGCUCAGCUCAGUUAAUCCAUAACACCAGCAGUAACAAUACCCACUUCUCUGAUCUGUAAAUCCUGGUCAGGGCUGGUCUGGAUUAUUUUUUGGAAUGUGAAUCUUUUGAGCUUCUUCGGUUGAGUCAUGAAAGCUUUUGAUUUUGAAUGAAAACACCCACAGUUGCAUUUAGUCGGAGCACGGUAUGUUUAUUUUACAACCCCUUUUUGCUCCAAGUGUUAUGUCACGGUCUAUGAGGUUACAUUUAACACCCCCCCCAAGUUUGGCUCCAUGUGCUUUCCACUUCUAUGAAAAGUAGUUUAUUGCAAAGUUUCAAAGCCAAAGAAAAUUGUAGUAAAAGUUCCAGUUAGAUGUGUCACAAUGGAUUUUUGAUCAAUUGCAAAUACAGAAAACUGUGGCUCAUUAUGACCUGGGACCCCCUGAUACAAAAUAUGUUGUUUUUGUUUUUAAUCUGAGUCUAUUUAUGUGUGUUUCAGGCAUGCAGGACUUCAACUACCUGUACAGCAACUGUUUUGAGAUUACCCUGGAGUUGAGCUGUGACAAGUUCCCUCCAGCAUCAGCACUGCCAAGAGAGUGGCUAGGCAACCGGGAGGCCCUGGUCUCAUACCUUGAACAGGUCAAAACACAAACACAUAACAUCUCAUUAUUUGGCAAAACUGCAGCCUUAUAAUUUCAAAAUGAAAGCACAUGAAUACACACAUCACAAAAACCCAAACACCAAGAAUCAUUAGUGCGAUUUCCUGGCUUCUUGUUAAUAUUGGCUUACCUUCCCUGGAUAAAGAAAGUCAUAAUGAGCUGUGCGAAAGUCACUGUAAUACUAGUAAACUGACUUUUACCUUCUGCCAAGCAUAAACAGGAGUCUUUGUUUAAGAACAAGAUCUCCUUUAUCCUUAAAGCCAUUUUCCUCCAAUAGAAGCAGGACUGAUUAAAAAAAUGCUUCCAGGCAUUGUGCUGUUUUUUUUUUUAUAUUGUGAGUAUUGCAAACUCUUGUGCCAGGGUUAGAAAGGUUCAUUGUUAUUGUGUUCUUUUUUAUUUUUAUAUACAGUCAACAAAUGGUUUAACUUGCAUUUAACAUUGUUUACAACUAUACCCUUUAAUUGCAUACUUAUGUUUGGUCAACAUUCAUUUCAUAUGAUGUUCUUGGUUUGCACAAGGUCAAGAACAAAAGGCAUCAUCUGCAAAAUAAAUAUGUUAAACUGGAAUGUGAAAAUGACUUAAAUGUUUAAAAACAACUGAAUCUGUUUGCCUUUUUUCAGGUGCAUCAUGGGAUAAAAGGCAUGGUUUACGAUGAAAACAACAACCCUGUUGGCAAUGCAGAGAUCUCAGUGGCUGGAGUCAACCAUGAUGUGACCACCGGUAAGGUUUUUUUUUCUCUCUUCUUUUUGUUACAGUUGGGGAUCAGUUAAGUUGUUCUGUGUUUUUCAGUGGAUAGAUUUAAGCCAGCCUUCACUCUGGAAAGAGCAACAUCGCCCUCUAGUGUCCAAUUAUGAGAACACGCUUUGAAACUGAGACUGACCACAUGCACAAAACAGAAAUUUAUAGUGAUGCCUUUGUUUGAUUUUUAAAGCAAACAUAACAAUCAUUAAUUAUAUUUAAACUGUAUAUUUCAAUAUGUUACUAAAUAAACUGAAGAAACUCUUCUAUUGUUACAUUUUGAACUUUAAAUACUCACAUUUAAUAAUGCAUUUGUCAGCUGGAAGAGAUAUUUUUGUCAGAGGACACUACUUAAAAACAGUCUGCUUUGUCACACCACCUCACAGUUAUAUAUGGAUAACAGAAUAACAAAGCACAAUCAUCCUAUAAAUUAAACUAAUGGUUAAAGCUCCUGUGAGGACAGAUUGAUAAUUAAUUCAGUGGCAAAUGAGGCCACCUGCUGCAAAAAGGAAAAAAAAAUUCUAGAUUUUUUAUUUUGACCCUCAAAAGACAGUAGGAUGAGAUAUUGUCAUCAGAAAAACUGGGGUCCUUCUAUAUAUAAUAACAAAAAUGUGAAGUAGACCAGCUGUAUGUUUUCAUCUUCCAUAUUUUCUGAUGUGCCCAUUUCUAGGAGUGGAUGGAGACUAUUUCAGACUUCUGUUACCUGGUACCUACACUGUAACAGCAUCUGCUCCAGGCUACGUCUCCUCCACCAGCACUGUCACAGUGGGACCAGCUGAAGCCAUACAGGUGUGUUUUCACUGCAUGUUUAUGGACAAGGCAUAACAGAAAAAGAGUGUUUAAAGCUGGUUGACAGUUUUUUUUAAUGAUCCCUCAAACCUUGUUGUUCUCUCCUCCACUCACAGCUUCAUUUUUACUUGAAAACGGCACCAAAACAAAACCUGAAAGUGAAGCCCCACAACGGCAGGAAGAACCUUUCGUCUCACAAGGCCCCGCUAAAACUUGGCCCCAGAUGAGACAUGGACUGAAUUUUUUUGCACAUGCAUUCACACAUUCAUUUUGAACUGUCAUGUUAAACACACACAUACAAAUUAUGGAAAUAACUGACCAUAAUAUAUGUAUGUAAUGUUAUCUCUAUAGCCUUAUGGUUAUAUAUUUCAACCAUUUGUGUUUUGUUUGUUUUUUGUUUUGUUGAUAAAUAUAAACAUUGUGUCCGAUGUACUGUAUUUAUGUAACAUUGUUGAAUUGUAUGAAUACAGCUACUGUAUUUGUCUGUAUUUGUAAAGGCUUUUUUCUGUCUCUGAUUUAUAAAACCUGAUGAUAAUUAAAAGUGAUAUACAAUGGUGU